AGUUGUCCAUGCGUGAACCUCCACUUUAAUUAACGAGUCGGAAAAUACGAGUCACUCCACAACCCCCAUUCCUCCAAAAUCUCCCGCGCGCGCCUCCUUGAUAAUGAAAUCGUGCAAUUAGUACCAAUUUGGAUCACCUGUGCACAAAACACACCUUGACUCGCGUCGAGAGCAAAUCUCGCAGAUUCGUGACGAAAAUGUGUGCGAUUUUGUGAAAAAUGUUGACGAUUUUCUGGAUUAUACUUCUCGAUCUUUUUGCACCAAUCAAAAGCCAGGAUUGCUUCCUCACAACCCCCCACCACCUCACCUGCGUGACACACUCACCACACUUAGGAGAUGAAAUUCCCCCAAACAUCACGAUUCUCGAGCUGCGCGAUAUUGAACAAGACGAGCUUGAUCUCAACUACAUGAUCGAGAAAUAUCCCCAAAUCGAAAACGUUUCGAUCUACGACGGUAACAUCAUCAGGGUUAAAUCGCCGAAUCCGGAUAAUAAAAUUAAAGUUUUACGUUUGGUGCGAAUCGGUGUGGAAAAUAUCGGAAAUAAGUUUCUGGGGAAUUUCCCCAAUUUGGAGAUUUUGGAUUUACGCGGGAAUUUUUUACAAAGUUUAGGAAAUUUUUCCGUGGGAGAGUUGAAAGAAUUGUACCUCGACGGUAACAGUUGGAACUGCUCACUAGAUCUGAAUUGGGUCCUGAAACUGAACCAAACAAUCGUCAAGGAUUUAACCAAUUUGACUUGUCAGGGGAAUCCCCACCCAAACAAAAAUCUAGUAACCAUAGCUCGUUUCACUAAGGACUUGAAAAACAAUUGCCCAUCGAUCUGUUCCUGUACUUUACCCAAAGUCAUUUUCACGAAAAUGGGUUCCCAACGUUUGGAGCCCCUCAUCGAAGUCAAUUGUUCGCAUCGCAGUCUCACCCGUCUCCCCCUCGACCUCCCCCCCAAAUCGCGCAUCAUCCAUCUAGAAGGCAACGAAAUCGAAGACUUAAAACCCCUAAAACACCACCAAAUCUACCGCAAAGUCCUCGAUUUGCAUCUCGACAACAAUAAAGUGAAAACAAUUGAAGAACUUGAAGGUUCCUACUUCCUCAAACAUUUCCGGGUGUUCUCCCUCAGCGGUAACAAAUUAACAGAAGUGCCAACCUACGCACUCGACAAUGCCCUAACCCAAAACCCGCACAUGCCCAACGCUUUGAGUAUUUCAUUGGGUGGCAACCCCUGGCGAUGUGAUUGUGUUUUCACACCAGUUUUCCAGGAAAUGUUGCAAAAAUUUGCGCCACAAAUACGUGACUUGAGAGAAGUCAAAUGUUCGUAUGUGGAAGGCGACGAAAAUUCGCUCCUACCGAUUAUCGAACUGAGCCGAAGUUCGGUCUGUAGAUCCCCAAGCGAGUAUUCAGUCCAGGCUUUAGACCUUUUAAACGGAGUUUUAGCAAGUCUGAUUUUAUUAAUUUUAGGGAAAUUAGCGUAUGAUUAUUAUUAUUUUAAGAAAACGGGACGACUGCCCUGGAUUGUUACAAAAAUGCCUUAAUUAAAUAAAUGACUUGAAAAUAACAACUUUAUUUA